CAUUAUUUCAUCUACGUAUCUGUAUACUUGUUCUUUUCUUUAUAUCACACAUUCCAACAUAUCCUGUACCCCUGAAGUGACAUGGGGUCUGUUUUCCCCAACACCGAGUUAAAGGAACCUGAUUCCUCGAUCUUUCCACACGUGCUACUAUGGAUUUGCCAGAUAGUUGCGCUCACAUGUCCCCCAUUUCGUGGCCGAAGAUUGUGUUUUGCGUCACUCAUCAUCGCCCUGGCUACUUACUGCAACGCUCACCCACACUUUACUAAUGAUUUUGGGUUAGCGCAGCCCUUUUCUCUUGCUUGGUCAUUCUACAUGGCCGUAUUGUCCAAGCUUAUGUUCUCUGGACCCUGUGGCCCCGAAGAGAGGUUUUGGAGAGCUAAUGGACCUACGCGGGAGGCACAGGCAUAUUCGGCCUUUGGAUGGAAGAAGAUGCGGUGGGCGGCAGUCCUGAUGUUCAAUCAACGUGGUAUUAGGUGGAAUCACCAAGUUAAGAAUAUACCGGGGUCGCCGAAGAUGACUCGAUCACAGUUUCUAGCCGCUCAGCUCGGGAAAUUCAUCGGAUGCCUCUGCAUGGCGGAUCUUUUGUUCGAAAUUCAUCGAAGAUUGAAUUUAACUAGUCCUGACGGUCAAGCUGGACACAUAAAUAGUAAACACUUGACCAUUAAACACCAUGAUUGGCGCUGGAGUCUAGCAAAGACCUUUUCAUUUGCAUUCCUACCAUACUUUAUGUUGAGUAUGCAGUAUGCGCAAGGGGCAUUUAUCUUCGUCUUAUUCAAACUAAGCAAAGCAGAGGACUGGCCGCCGGCUUUCGGGGCUAUGCAGAACCUGGUCACUGUACGGCGAUUUUGGGGGAGUUUUUGGCAUCAGCAAUUAAGACAUAUGUUCACGUCGUAUACUGACGUCUUCGCGGAUUCCUUCGGUAUCCGACGGGGCACCAACCUCUCUUCCUAUACCAAACUCUACCUCGCUUUCUUGAUCUCGGGAUGUUUUCACGCCUUAGGGCAACUUCAUCUUCCUCGUCCAUCAGACGUCACCUCAAGAGAAUGUUCUAUUGGAUUUCUCUUGUUCUUUCUGUGGCAGGCCGUUGCGAUUACUGUUGAGGAUAUUACGAUAUGGGCUAUGCAUAGAAAUAGUGCGAGCGAGAGUAAAGGGAGGGUUCCGAAAUAUUACAGCAUAGUGGGUUAUGUCUGGGUGUUUUUGUCUAUGUGGUGGAGUCUACCCCUGGUAGGUGAUGCCGUACUUAAGCUUCGGGUCGGCACUGGAUCUUUUCUGCCCUUCCCGCUCACAAGGCCAUUUGUCGAAGCUUACGUACCGGUUCCACCAUGAAAGUCGAGGUAAGGGUAAGGGAAUGAUCAAAAUAUUAAA